GUUGUUGUUUACGUCGGGUGUAGUGAGCGUGAAGGGGUGUCUUGCGUUUUUAUUAGUUUUCAGUGAUCAAAUUUACCAAUUAUCAUGCCAAAAGUUAUUAAAAGUGCCGGCAGAGAGAUUGUUUUGAAGGUGAAACGUUCUUGUGAAGCAGAACGGGACAAUAAGGGGCCAAUUAUACCAUUUUGCAAAGUACGGGCACGGACUGCUUUCUUGACAGGUAUUUCUGAACGCACUGUCACUCAAAUUACUCGAGAAAGUAAUUUAGCUGAAGCUUCGAAUUCGAAAAUUGUAACUCCAGGAAAAAAUAGAGACCGGAAGAGUUUUUUGGAAAUAGACGAUUUUGACAAAUGUGCUAUAAGGCACAUGAUACAUACAUUUUAUGUCGUCAAAAAGGAAAUUCCGACUAUUCAUAAGCUAUGGCUCGCGCUGAAAUCUGAUAUUGAUUUUAAAUACAGCAAAACAACUUUAAGACGUGUUUUAAGAAGCAUGGGGUACAAGUAUAAAAAGUGCCAGUCCAAACGAAAAUUAUUGAUGGAACGGUAUGACAUUGCAGCUUGGAGAGCCAAAUUUAUUUUGAGGAUGCGUAAAAACCGUUUGGAAGAAAAGCGUCCUGUCAUAUAUCUUGACGAAACAUACAUCCAUGCUUCCUAUCACCUACAAAAAUGUUGGCAAUCCAAUGAAGAACCAGGUGUUUUGACUUCGGAUAGUGCCGGGACAAGAUGGAUUAUAGCUCACGCGGGCGGAAAAACAGGAUUUGUCGAAAAUGGGCUUCUGCUGUUUAAAUCCCAAUCAAAAUCAAGCGACUAUCAUGACGACAUGAAUGCAAAAAAUUUCAUUAAAUGGAUGACUGAAAAAAUCAUUCCGAACUUGCCACUUAACUGCAUCGUGGUAAUGGAUAAUGCAUCAUAUCAUUGCACACAAUUGAACAAAGCACCUACAAUGAGUAAUUUAAAAGCAGAAAUGCAAGAAUGGCUAUUAAAUAAUAGUAUUCCGUUUGAAGAUUACUGGACGAAACCACAGUUGUACUUAUUAAUUAAAAAAACCAAAGGAGACCCAGUAUAUGAAGUCGAACAUCUAUUAAAUCAACAUGGACAUGAGGUCGUGCAGCUACCUCCAUAUCACUGCGAUUUAAAUCCGAUUGAAAAAAUAUGGGCUUUAGUCAAAAGACGUAUUGCAGAGAAAAAUGUGAGUCAAACCACAAGCGAAAUAUCCUCAAUAACUGAAGCAGCAUUCAACACUGUUACAACGAUGGAAUGGAUUAACGUGUGUCAACACGUGGAGAAAAUCGAAGACAAAUAUUUCGAAUCCGACAGACUUAUGGAUAUAGAACUCGACAAAUUUAUAAUUGAUCCUACAAGUGACGAUGAAAGCUUAGACUCUUCUGACGACGAAAUGUCUGAAGACUCAGAAAGUAAUAUAAUGGAAGGCAUUAACCCACUGGAGGACCAUAAUUAUACAAAAUUUAUAAGUACUGCUAGAUACUCAAUAAAUGAUUUUGAGAAGUAUUUAAUGUUGUUUUUUUUUUCAAUUAAAACACUUGAUGAAAAGCAUAUUAUACUACAAUAUCUUUACCUGUACGUAUUAGUGGGGUAUUUUUCAAUUUUUUAUUUAAUCCUUUAUUAUGUAUAUUUUAGAACUAUCCUUGACUAUAAUUUGUACAAAUUUUUUAUUUGUAGUUCAUUCUAA